UCCAGCCAACAUUGCUACAGUCCAUUGACACCUUGCAAUUUCUCCUUUAUUUUGAACUUUUUCUUUUAGAACUUCAAUUAUUUUUCUUUACAAUCAAAUAAUUCAAAAAAAAUUUGUUAACGGUGGCGCUACACUCUCCUCCGGUGACCUCGGGUAUGUCGUCCGCCAAUCACAUUCAUUGAAAUAUAGACUCGAAUGCUAGGAGUUUGUAAUUAAUUGACUUAUUAGUGAAUUUAACUAGUCUUUUAUAGUAUAGGCUCUGAAUUGGAGCCAAAAGACAAGUGUAAUACAAUGAUGGAAAUGGUUGCAAAUGGUAAUGGAAAUGGAAGCUUGCCCCAAGAUUCGAAAGAUAAGUUUAUGCAUUGUGCGAGUAAUUGUGAGAACCGAGACUUUGGCGGGGGAACCCUGUGUGGUGUUGGGGAAGGGAAGAUAGCCAAAGGAACUGAGAAUGUGGAGAUUAACAUCACUGAAUGCUCAAAUUCUGGCAUGGAUAGGUUGGCUGUUGUUGAAUGUGAGGAUGACACUGAGAAUUCGAGUUCUUUUGGUGGUACGGUGUCUGGGGUUGAGAAUGAUUCGGCAGUAAGUGAUGUUGAAGUUGAAUCAGCAUUAUGUAGUGGAAGUCCGUUGGGAUCAGUGUUUGAUGGAUUGUUCCUAUUGAGGAAGAGAAAGUUGACAGAUCAUUGGAGGAGGUUUAUUCGUCCCCUUAUGUGGCGAUGUAAAUGGUUAGAGUUGCAACUUAGGGAGUUUAAGUCUCGGGCACUGAAGUAUGAUAAAGAACUUGCAGAAUAUGAUCAGAGAAAGAGUUUUGAAUAUGAAAAGUUCACAUUUGAAGGACUUAAUGUUAAGUCACAACCUUUUCCGUGUCAAAUUCAAAGAAAGAAAUUAAUGAAGAGGAGGAAAAGAAAGCGAGUUGAAGAUACUGCUGAUUUAGCAUCUUAUAUGUCGAAUCAUAACCUCUUCUCAUAUUAUGAUAGUAAGAAAUCUGUUGCUGCUACUGCUUCUGCUACUCAUGAGGAUGAUAAUGGUAAUUUAGGAAACAAAAUGAUCAACAGUACUGAAGAGGUUGAUGAUGGAUUGUCAAGUCUCGAAUUAAAAGACGGUGAUAUUUGGUUACAACAGAUCCUUAGAAAGAUUGAUCUGAUGCAAUCACAAGUUCACAAGUUAAAGACCCGAGUUGACAAUGUGGUUAAUGAAAGUCCUCGAAAGUUCACUUCCGUUAAUGUAUUGAGUUCAGUUACACCAUGCAACACAUUAACUGGUUCUAGAAGUCACUCUUCUCCACCUGGUAGCGGAGAGAGAACCCCUGUUACAUCUCAGCGUCGUUCUGGGGGUAACAUGGGAGAUCUUCUUAUGCCUGGAAAUAGUGCAGUUUCUAGUCAUGGAGAGGUUACACCUUUUCCCGAUGCGAUUGAUGGAACCGGUCAGCAUCUUCCUGCGGUUUCUUAUGACAAUACCGAGGAUGAUAUUUUGAUACACAAUCCCGCUGCCAAGGAAGAGUUGCGUAAUUUUCAAAGUGGUUUAACUCAACAAUCAGAGGAGCCGCCGAUGCCAGCUGAACCACCAAAGACUAUUUCUACUGUUCCUGCGCCUAGAAAUGACCUCCCUACGGAACCAUCUGUUCAACCAAACGUGAAUUUAUCUUUGGCUUCCAAGUCUAAAGUCCCGAAUAACAAAAGGAAAAGGGGGAAGAGGGGUAAACGUAAAUCAGGCACCAGCUGGUGGAGUCGGAGAUCCUCAGGUUAGCAAAAUCUUUUAAAGUUGGGAUUACUGUAUCUGUACAUGUUCAAAGAAAACCUCUGGAAAAGCAUUGGUAAAACUUUUCCAACCUUAAUUAUAUCUGUAUGUACAUGCUAAGUGUGUAUUCUCUUUAUCCUUUUGUUUCAAGGGCAACCUGUACAUGCCCUUCUCAUCCCUAUGGGGACAUACUCAUGCUGUUUAGACGCCAAGCUGUAUUCAAAGUUUGACAUUCUGUUUUCCGGUUAUGUAUUAAUCCCAAGUCUCGAAUCAAUUUGUUGUUAUGUCUUAACAAUUGGAAUUUCACAUUUAGAAUAGUGAAGAACUUUCAUUGUAGUUGGGAAAUAAAGAUGAAAUGCAAUUUGUUUUAUUUAAGUAAA